GCCUGCGCGAGAUUUUCCUCACAGCUGUCAGCAUCAGAAACGGAUGGAGACGUGAACUAUCUUGUCCUGUAUGCUAUCUUUGUCAGGCUCAACAGCUGGGUGGAACUCCGACAAAAAGUUGCUUCAAUGACAUUUUAUAUAGAGAUGGCAGCUUGACUGUGAGACAAAAAAAAUUGUUGUAUAAAGUGUUUAUUUCUUCCGCGGCGCCAUGGAUUUUAAUGUUAAACGGUUAGCUGCAGAUGCGGGUACUUUCCUGAGCCGCGCUGUGCAAUUUACAGAAGAGAAACUUGGCCAGGCUGAAAAGACAGAGUUGGAUGCCCAUUUGGAGAACCUAUUGGUCAGAGCUGAGAACACCAAGCAAUGGACAGAAAGGAUAAUGAAGCAGACAGAAGUCUUACUACAGCCCAACCCAAAUGUUCGGCUAGAAGAAUUUGUGUACGAGAAACUGGAGAAAAAAGCCCCGACGCGAAUGAACAACCAUGAGCUGCUGGGCCAGUCCAUGAUCGAGUCAGGAAAUGAAUUUGGUCCUGGCACCGCCUACGGAAAUGCUUUGAUUAAAUGUGGUGAGACGGAGAAGCAGAUUGGUGGGGCAGAGCGGGAGUUAAUCCAAACUGCUGCCAACAACUUCCUGACACCUUUCCGAAACUUCCUAGAGGGCGACUUCAAAACCAUCCUGAAAGAAAGGAAGCUACUGCAGGUCAAACGUUUGGAUUUGGACGCAGCAAAAACCAGGCUAAAGAAAGCCAGGAUGACUGAUGCUAGAGCUGCAGCAGAGCAGGAGUUGAGGAUGACCCAGAGUGAGUUUGACCGGCAGGCAGAGAUCACCCGCCUGUUGCUAGAAGGCGUCAGCAGCACCCACGCACACCACCUACGCUGCUUGAAUGACUUUGUGGAGGCCCAGGCUACAUACUACGCACAGUGUUACCAGUACAUGGUGGAUCUCCAAAAGCAGUUGGGCAGUUUCCCCUCGUCAUUCUCCAACAACAACCAGUCGUCGGUGUCGGGCGGAGCCAGCAGCAUCUCCGUGCCCACCAUCCCGGUGUCGGCCUCCCUGCCCAGUGUGUCUGCGGGCCACGGCAGCUCGACGGCAUCGGGCGGAUUCAGUGAACUGCGCAGCUCCAACGGCAGCCGCAAAGCCCGUGUGCUUUACGACUACGAUGCAGCCAGCAGCAGUGAACUCUCCCUGCUGGCUGAUGAGGUGAUCACAGUGAGCAGCGUCCCUGGCAUGGACUCAGACUGGCUGAUGGGCGAGCGAGGCAACCAGAAGGGCAGAGUGCCCAUCACUUAUCUGGAGCUGCUUAACUGAGGCCCACAACCCCCCCAUUUUCCAGCCCUCUGUAACCAGCUGUGAUGUCAUAUUUAUAUUGUGUUGCAGGGACUGGCCUCACUUCCUCUUCCGUUCAGUCAUUUAGAGUGAGUUAUAUUUCUAUGAAAAGGAGUCUGUUUUAGCAGACUUCAGCCGGAUUGAACAAAUCCGAGUGACAGGAAAGGAAAAUGGACCACAAUCCCUAACAUGUUUGUAUGCAACUGCAGUACAUUUCUAAAACCUGCUUCCCUGCCUUUGUGUUUGAUGCCUAGCAAUCUGCAACAUGUGCCAGAACAUCUCCCGAACUGUAACCUAAAGAGCACCUUUUAAAAUAGUUUACAAUAUAGAUUUCAGAUGGUGACCUUAAAUGCUUUUAAUGUGACAGUUCUAUUCCCUCCCCUAAGUUUUUUUUUAAAGUGAAACAGUAGAUAUUGAAAAAAAUGCACUUCAGUUUGAGGUGGAGAGUGAUGCUGAUUUUUAAGUCUUUUUUUAUAAUUGAUGAUCUUAUGGUGCAGUAGCUGUUCGUAUUGCUUUAUUCACAUGAGCCACACUGGACAGUUAACCACAUUGUUCCAGUACGUCUGAUUGAUGACAGUUACAAAACGUACAUGCCAAACGACGUUAAGUGCCUAUCUCUGUGAAUAGGUCUUUCUGAAACCAUUUGCCUUUUUUUGCAGCUAAACCAGCAGUAUUGAGACUGUCCAUUCAGUCUCCCCUCUUAAUGUUGAACCCUAUUACUUCUGUUUAACUUAUUCACUAUUGGAACACAGCCUUUUCCACAGCAGUUUUUAUCUCUGAUUAAAUUAUUAAUUAGUGAAUUUUUCACAUAUACACAAUUUGUGACGCAUUUAUCGUCUAUGGCACAGAUCUUCAACAUCUAGAGGGUCCUCAGAGUCAAUGCAGGGGAGCAACCAAAUUAUUGUUAGAAUUAGAACAAUAAUAAGAGAUAAUAAUAAGAGAACAUAUUAUUGUCAAAUAUGAAUCCCUACUGAUGAUAGGCUGGCCUAUAGGUCAGGUAGUCACUAAGGUAGCAUCCACAGAUCCAGUUCAUCCUGAGGACUCCCUGUGCCACAUGUAUGUUUUAACAUUAAACCGUGAUUUAUAAAAAUUAAAAUAUCUAAGUAUCCUAUGCAAAUAAGGUAUGUAUAAAGGCUUCGGGCCACCUUGCAUGUUAUUAUAGGCCCAAUUUAAUAUGCAACUUCAUUUUAUACAACAUGUAGUAGGGUGUUCCUGCUGCACCUCUCUUUCAGUUAAGGGGUCUUAGGCUUAAAAAAAUUGAAGACCACUGAUCUCUGGUGUUAGUCGACUUGGCGUGUAAGAAAAUCUCAAGAAAAUGAACUUUAUUUUUACUUCACUAACAUUAGUUUCCCCCUAAACCUGCAUUUUCACUCCACAUUGAAA